GCUGAAACACCAACUACGGAAGCUCGCCCAACCCGGAAAAAAAAAUGGCCUUCGUUGGAAAAGUGUCCUUCUUGUUGAGGAACGCUGUCAGGGGCUCGCGUUCUUUUAGUUCUUUUAGUUCUUUUAGAGCUUUAACAUGGCGCCGAGCUGUCGUCUGUGGUGGCACAGUCGUCGCAACUGGAUUCUUAGGUUACCAAUAUAACGUAAACAAAAGCAUUCCUCUCGCCGUCGUUCACGCCGAAGAGCAAAAGGAGAGCGCAGCCCCCCAAAUGUCAGCCCGAAAGAGGCGUUUCAUCCAGUUUGCCUCAAUUGUCUAUCAGGAAGAGCCCUACAUGACACCAAGAGACUUCCUCUACUCGGUCAUGCUGGAGAAUGUUGAUCGAAAGCUCCAGAAGAGAGUCUUAACAAAAAAGGAAGUGGAACGGAUGACAGUCGCCGCUUCCAAAGCGUGGCCUGGCAAUACUUUGUUCAGACUUUGGGGAGAUCACGGCUUGAUAUCCUACACGGAAUACCUCUUCUUGCUGACUAUUCUGACAAAGCCACGCACGGGAUUUCACAUCGCGUUCAAAAUGCUCGACGUGGAUGGCAACGAGCAUGUGGACAAAAAGGAGUUUCUGAAGCUUAAGAAAAUCAUUGGAAAAAGUAAAAGGAGCAUUUCCAAGGAUGACACAGAGAUAGCAAUUGAGGACAGCGACCAAGUGAACACGACGCUGCAGGCGUACUUUUUCGGAAAGAACGGGCAAAACAAGUUGCAGUAUCAAGAAUUUCAAAAGUUCAUGGAGGACCUACAGGCUGAGGUUCAGGAGAUGGAGUUCCUGCAGUUCUCCAAAGGAAUGGAUACCAUGCGACGGGAGGACUUUGCAGAGUGGCUGCUCCAUUAUACCAACGAGGAAGACAAUGAGGUCUACUGGGAAAACAUGAGGAAGAGGAUCCCUGCCGGCCAGAGCAUCACGUUCGAGGAGUUCAAAGCCUUCUGCCUGUUCACAAACAACCUGGAGGAUUUUGCUUUUUCCAUGAAGAUGAUCAGUCAAGCCAACCGUCCUGUGGGAAUGGCCCAGUUCAAGCGGGCCGUGAGGAUAGCCACAGGCCACGACCUGUCUGAGAACGUGUUGGACACCGUGUUUAAGCUCUUCGACAUGGACGGCGACAACUGCUUGAGCCACAAAGAAUUCAUCGGAGUGAUGACGGACAGAGUGCUGCGUGGGCUCAAGGUGCAUCCACAGAACGGCUUCUCUGGCUACUGGAAAUGUGUGAAGCGCGAGACCCUGAAGGGAGCUAAGGAAGCGCUGGGAAACGGCAGAUGUCCCAUCUGAGCGUCGGAUCCAGCGAGGGAAAGCAACCAUGAGUGAUUGCAUCAUCAGUGAGCACACGCACAAAAGAAAACUAUGAGUACAAUAUUCAAGAGCCAAUUUUGUAACAGUGUCAUUUCAGAUUUGAUCUGCUUGGUGUAUUUGUACUUCAAUAAUACAGUCUUGCAAUAAAUCAAUUCAGUACAGUG